UUUCUCAAAAGCAUUAUUUACAUUUUGUAAUUUUUAUUCCUCUACAGAAAUGGAAAAAACCUGAGAACUAUUUUGAAACUCCCUUUUGCAGUUUCUUUCUCAAUCAUGCAUCUUUGAGAUUUUUUUCUUUGAAACUAGCUUCUUGUUCUGAUCUUUUUUGUUUGUUUGUUUUAUCUCCUUUUUGUUGGUCCGGCUGAAAUCGAGCUUAACAAUGGCGGUCACGUCCUGGUCAGAGAAGCCUUGAAGUCCAAGAGUUUUUGCUUGUCAGAACAACCAUAUGUGUUUUGAGCAAAAGGAAGUUAGUAACGGGGUAGUGGAUGAAGAGCAACGUUUGGGGACACCGGAGGAAGAUGAGUCGAGAAUAAAUAUCAGUCAAGAUGUGAGUAAUGGGCUUAGAGGAGCGAUUCAGGUCGCUGAUGGGUCUGCUGUACUGCAAUCGCUGCCUCAAGGACCUGUGGUGUGUUGGGAAAGGUUUCUCCCCAUCAGAUCUUUGAAAGUUUUGCUAGUGGAAAAUGAUGAUUCUACACGCCAUGUCGUUAGCGCUUUACUUCGAAAUUGCAGCUAUGAAGUUAAUGUAGUUUCUAAUGGCCUUCAAGCAUGGAAAAUCUUAGAAGAUCCAAAUAAUCAUACUGACAUAGUCCUAACUGAGGUAGUCAUGCCUGUUUUAUCUGGAAUCGCUCUUUUAUGCAAAAUUAUGAGCCACAAGUCUCUAAAGAAUAUUCCAGUGAUCAUGAUGUCAUCCCAUGAUUCUAUGGGAAUCGUGUUUAAGUGUUUGUCAAAGGGCGCAGUUGACUUUUUAGUGAAACCUAUUCGGAAGAAUGAACUUAAAAACCUAUGGCAGCAUGUUUGGAGAAGAUGCCACAGCUCUAGUGGUAGUGGCAGUGAAAGUGGGACUCAGACCAGAAAAUAUGCAAAGUCGAAAAGCAAUGAUGAGUCUGACAACAAUUCUGCCAGCAGUGAGGAGCAAAGUCAAGAUAAUGGGAGUACUGGUCUGUGUAUCCGGGGUGGAAGUGAUCAUGGAAGUGGUACCCAGAACUCAAGGGCAGCCGAAGUUCACAGCCCCACUCCUAUGUCUCCUGGUGGUCAAUGGGCUGACACUCCUGAUAGCACCUGCGCACAAGUUAUACAUACUAAGCCUGAAAAAUGUAGCAAUAGGUGGGUGCACUCUACUGAAACAAAAGAGUGCCAGGAACUAGGCAAGCAAUUCGUUAGUAAAGACGUGGAAGUUGGAGUAAAUGGAAAACCAGAUUUACAAUGUGAAUAUCAACAGAAGUUAUCAUUCCCUUCAACAAGCAAAAGGCAGAAUAAACUGCCUGAGGUAGAUAGUCAGCAAAGAGAGGUGGAUCACAAUGGCGAGAAUCUAUACAGUAGUCCAAAUGUAAAUUGUAACAAACCACAAUGUGAAGGCAGAAUCUUUGGCACUCCAAGUGGCACCUCUGAUGGGUUGCAAAUCAAGGGAAACUCUGAUUCUGGAGAACUGCCAUCUCUUGAACUGACUUUAAAGAGGCUGAGAGGAUCAGGAGAUGUUGGAAGUGCUACAUUAGAUGACUGCAAUGUUUUGAGACAUUCAGAUCUAUCAGCUUUUUCAAAAUACAAUACUCCAUCUUCCGCGAAUCAGGAUCCCACUGGAAAUGUAGGAAGCUGUUCUCCUUUUGGUUCUAGCUCAGUUGCGCCAAAUACAGGACACAAUUUUCCAUCUCAUUCAAAUAGCACUCCUCCCAAUCAGCAAUCUAAUGGCAGUAGCAACAACAAUGACCUGGCAUCCACCAACAAAUAUGUUGCCCCCAAGCCUGAAGCUUUCAAUGACAAGCCAGAGUCGACAUCAGGAUUCAAAUCUUCUCAUUCUUCCGCCUUCCAGCCUGUGCAGAGUGGUUGUAUUUGUUUAGCUCCACAGGUGCCUUUGGGAAAGACUGAUGAUGGAGAAGUUGAUCCAGUUCAAGCACCGGCGAAAGGCUCUUACAAACAGGUCCAAGUCCAGCACCAUCAUCAUCACCACCAUCAUUAUCACCAUCACGUCCACAAUUUGCAGCAGCAUAUGCUGCAGGCAGAACAUGAUGAUCUCUCAUUGAAGAAUAUGGCUGCAUCUGCUCAGCAAUGUGGAUCCUCAAAUGUGUUUGGGGGGCCUGUUGAGAGUCACACCAGAAACUACAGUGUGAAUGGGAGUGCUUCCGGUAGUAAUCAUGGGAGCAAUGGACAGAAUGGAAGUAGUACUGCCUUGAAUGCUGGACUGACAAAUGUGGAAAGUGACAAUGGAGUAAUUGGAAACAGUGGUGGAGAUGGCAUCAGCAGGAGGAAUAGUGGGAUUGGGGUAGAUGAAAAUCGGGUUGCUCAGAGAGAGGCUGCGUUGACCAAAUUCCGUCAGAAAAGAAAAGAAAGAUGCUUUGAAAAGAGGGUUCGAUACCAUAGCAGGAAAAAGUUGGCUGAACAGAGGCCUCGAAUUCGAGGACAAUUUGUUCGACAGAUAGUGUCUGACACCAAAGCAGGAGAAGAUUGCGAGAGCGAGGACCUCAAAUCCAGGGAUAAUUCUGGCACCAGCAUGCUAUAGCAGGAGCUAAAAUGAAAAUGGCUAACCGACCCAUGUUCCGGACAAAAUGCUUGUGGAUUUGCUUACGAGCAUAGAGCUGGCUGCCUGCUUAUAGGACUCCUUAAAUCUGCGGCAGAGGGAUUUAUAGCUACUGGGUACAUAUAGCGUUUGUAAAUUAAGACUGUCUUUUCUGGAACUGCUAUCAAACUUCUACUUUUGAAAUCUGAUAAAGAUACUCUUGUAACUUAUCUUAUUGUUUUUAAACUUUGAUAGACCUCUUGGAAGAGGCCACCCUCCUAUAGGUUGAUGACCUCCAUGCAAUGAAUCAUUCAUGUUUGUGUUUUUUUC